AUGGCGACCAGCGCGCCGCUCCUGGGUAAGGAAGGCAAGAAGGCCGCCCACAGCAAGGCAUCCAUCUUCUACGGAGCAGAUGAGUAUCUUGAGGAGCUUAAGAAGAAGUACGAGCACGAUCAUGAGAUUGCAGCUCUGAAGAAUGCUCUGCCAGGUGAGGGUGACCCGAACGCGGCAGGGGUUGCUCAGAGUAGCGACAAGAUGCUCUCCGUUCAGAAGAACAAUGAGAACAGGAGCUUGAAGACGAACCGGCUCUUCCCGACUCCUAACAAGCCCGACCCGAUGCCGCAGAAUCUCGCGUUCCUCUUCACCAAGAUCACGCCGGAGCAGAUGAUUUACAUGUGGAACGUAUUAACGGCAAUCUUUUUCACCCAAGUGCUGAUGGUGAUCGGCUACUGCGCAGCUUUGGCUUGCUUCCCGGACUUCUGGUGGACCUGCACUCUGUGCUUCGGCAUCCCAUUCGCGUACAUCGCCAUCCAGAACAUUUACAUUGAUCACGAUGUGAUGCACGGAGCCACUUUCCCGGUGUACGAGUGGCAGCGCUUCCUUACUCACCCCUUUGCGGACUUUUUUUCUUUGCCUUGGGAGGAGUUUGUCCUGGAGCACAACAGGCAUCAUGCCUCGACGGUUGACCUGCUGAUCCAGGGUGAGUUCGGGUGGGACCCCGAGGAGUUCCACUACGCCCUGCAGCAGUGGGCUGGGCCAUGGGGCUCGAACUGGUACAAGUACCUGCUCACCGUGCCAUUCAUCCCUGUGAUCCACUUCUUUGGCCUGAACGAUACCGGCUCGCUCUUCGCCUUGGAGUGGUGGAUGCACUUCCCCGAUGAGGGCGCAGGCGGCAAGUGCAACAAGGAGUUCUGGAGCAAGUGGAUUCCACGCCGCAUCAAGCACAACGCCUUUGUGCUCGCUCUGUGGACCUGCGUGUGGAUGCUGGGCACCUACCCUCUGGGACGUCCCCUGAGCGAAGGCUGGCGGUUCAUGUUCACCGUGUCCUUCUUCGCUCGAGUCGGCUACUCGGCGGCUUGGAUGUUCAUCACCAACUUCACGCAUAGCUUACCUUGGAACGAGUUCCUCGCACAAGAUCCGGGCCGGACUUGGCCGGUGCUUCACAACGUGAUGGCCAUGGUGCUGGGUGGCAAGCACCGCUGGAACGAGAUGCUCUUCCACGAUGUGCAUCAUGCGUUCCCCAACGCGGUCGGCACGCUGAGCCAGCGCGGUCGCUUCCAUGGCUGGGAGAAGGUGCACGAUGCUGCCGCCGAGGUUCUGCACCGUGGACUGUGGAAGCCCAAUGGUGAUGAGGAGACCCAGAUGCAGAAAACCCAGAAGAAGCGCUCUUUGAUGAUGAAGCAAGGCAAGUAA